AUGGCCAGUCUUCAUCCCUCCAGGGCCAUGCCUUGUGAUAUCACACCACAACUGCAUCAGCAGCUUCAAGUCUCACAGUCUGGACGUUCUAUGCCUCAGAGCAAUGGCAUCUCUGCAAGACCCCCGGCAUAUAUGCCUGUCAACACACAGCCCUAUCACCAUCCCCCACUCCCCCCCGCGGACCUGCAUGGCUCCCCAGAUAUUCAAAUUUCCCAAAGUAGAAUUCCUCAAAGAUACAGGGCUCUCCGCCUUGAAAAGGCAUCCAGUGGUUCCUCCUGGGAGAAGACCACCGUCUCUGAAAAGCCCAUGUCUCAAUCUAUGAUUCGAGAUAGAAUUGAUUGGCUUCAGAAGAACACAAUUUCCGUUACGAAAAAGAAGCAGGAAAAGAAUGAAGCCAUUCAGAGCCAAAUCGACAAGGUUCAAGCUGACCUGACCAGAGAAGACCAUGAUGUUCGGUUCUACUAUAAACUGGCUCAGCUUGAAUCUGAAUGGCGGGCGGCAGAUGAUCGCCGACGAGGAGAUGACAGAAGUGAGCAGAGCUCCAGAAGGCAUAGAAGCCAUUCGAAGAGAAACAAGAUUCCCAAGUUGGAGAGAGUAGCAGUCGUUGCGUACUUCGUGAGCACGCCUGCUGCUGAUCGACAUGGCUCCAGACCUCAUGGUACGAAUAUGCUCCCAAAACAGCCGAAGCAAGCCCAGUAUUCGCAAGCUCCCCAGAAAAAUGCGGAAGGUUUGCCUCCUGUUACUCUCGUCUCGACUUUCCCUCGUUCUGUUCCUUCAAAUGCCCACGGACUGGCCCCCCCAAUGACCGAUUCAAGGCCAAAACAUCAGCCCAAACCUAUCAUCACUCAACAGGCUACUGUGCCCCAAGCCCUUAAAGUCCCUCAAGCCCAGCCACCUUAUCAAGAUGCCUUGAACAUGCCAAAGCAGGGUGGCAUGGCGUCAGCAAGUCAUAAUGUGGUGAUGCUUCAGACUGUGAAACCCGCAGGACCAGCACCAGCGCAGGUUUCUGUUGGACAACCGCCGAAGCUGCCUCCGAUUCAACUCCCGCUUCGCCCACCUCAGGUUCCAAGACCUCUAUCAGUACCAAAAGCUCCGCCGGCAAUGCCACCAGCAGGCCCAGGUGCACUAAAAGGAGUCAGCGAUGCAGGCAGACAGCCAUCUGCACCAAAGAUAGCAAUAGUAGAGUCGAAGCCAAAUGUCAGAGAUAACAUCAAGAUUUAUCAUGUCUCAGACCAGAGCUCCUCGUCAUCCGACAACGGUUGGUCGGAAGAUGAGAGUGAAGGCACAACACCGUCAUCUAUCAGUUCAGACCACAGCUUGCGGCAGCGAGGUCGAGGACGAAGUCCCAAACGCACACAUGCAGACCAUCACAGAAAUGUGAUCAUCCAAGAUUCCCGUCAAUAUGAUGAACGUGAUAAACCCACACAACGACAACGUGUGAGAUUCAAUUCCCCAGACUACCUUUACCGAGGAGAAAGUCGCGCGCCAAGGGAAAAACACCACUCCCGAUCACGGGCAGAUGAGCCAUGGAGAGCAAAGCCACCACGUAUCAUCCAGGUACCAAGACACAGCGUCCGUCAUGUGCCUGGUCUUGCAACUCGACGUGACACUUCCAAUAACAGAUACAGCAUUGGCGAGAGACCACCAGAGCAUGCAAGAUUGAACGACUCUCAUCAUGAACAUGACAUCCGAAGAGACAAUGACCGUUUCAAGCAUCUCCAAGAAGAUGCUUGGCGGCGACAGGAUUUUAGGGAGAGGCGGGAUGAUGGAAGAGAAGACGGCGAUGAGUAUGAGGGAUCAGAUUCUCGUUGGACUGAGCAGCAAGCUCGAGACUACAUGCAUCAAAGGGAACCACGUCGUUCAUAUCGGUAUCAUGGAUGA